GUUUGUCAAGUGCUAGUUUACAACUGUGGCUGAGCUCAUGUACACAGAAAUAUGCUUACUAUAUCUUUUUUCUUCUUUUAAUUCCUGCAACAAAUAUGAGAUCAUGUUUCUGUAAAUGAGAUCAGCAUUUAGUUUGUAAAGCUGAACUUUAAAAUUAAAAUCAAAAAGGCAAAAAAAUGGAGAGCAACUUCAAUGUUAGUAGCCCCGCAACAGUGGGAAAUGCUUGUGGAAUAGACUUUACCCAAGAUGCUGUCUUCCUUCCUGUCCUGUAUGGAAUCUUUUUCAUCAUUGGUGCCCCUCUGAACUUGAUGGCACUAUUUGGGCUGUACAGGUUAAUCAAAUCAGAGAACGUUUUACCUGUGUACGUCAUAAACCUGUUGAUCUCAGAUCUUAUUCAGCUCCUCACUUUGCCCUUAUGGAUGGACUACUAUGCCAACGGACACCGCUGGCGCUUUGGAACGCAGACCUGUCAGUUUAUGGGGCUGUUUUUUUACAUCAGUAUUUACGCAGGUAUCUUCUUCAUGUGUAUCAUUGCCUUGGAACGUUACCUGGCCAUCGCCAGACCUCUCAGCUUCAAGCAUCUGCGUAACUUGAGGUUUGCUCGCUGGAUAGCACUUGGCAUUUGGAUUCUAAUUGCGGUGCCACCUGCCAUCGCUUUUGAAAAGCUCUUCCCCAAGCAGAAAAAUUACAGUCUUUGUAUUGAGAAGUAUCCCUCCGAGGAACGUUUCAUCACCUACAGGCUGAUUACUCUGCUUUUGUCCUUCAUCAUACCCCUGGGCUUCAUUGUUGGUCUCUACAGACAGACUGUCCACACGCUGAUGGCAAUCAACUCAUUUUUAUCUGAGGAGAAGAGGAGUAUUAGGGGUCUGCUCACCCUUCUGGUGGUCGUGUUCAUCACGGUGCUGGGGCCCUAUCAUUUCAUCGGCUGUGUGAAGUACAUCGGACUGCUGAUUCACAGCAGCGUGUGUGAGUGGGAGAAAGCUGUGUUUGUGCCUUAUCAGCUGGGGAGAGGUUUCCUGAGCCUUAACAGCUUGACGGAUCCUGUGUUUUACAUCUUUCUCCGCAGAGACUUCCGAGCGGUUGCUGGGAACUACCUGCCCUGCCUGAAGAGAGUGAGGACCAGAUCAUAUCAGACGGAGAGGCCAACAAACUCCAUGCUAGAUUGUAAUUAAAGACCCUGUGAAAUCACUUGAUCAACACAGUUUUAUAUAUAUAUAUAUAUAUAUAUAUAUAUAUAUAUAUAUAUAUAGUCUUUAUUGAUAUAUUUCCUAUUUAAACAGGAAGUUUGGGCCCAUACCUUUUUUAAAAUAGCCAAAAGGCUUUAGUUAUGCAACAGCCAAGAACCUUGAUUUGCUACUUGGCUUGCUAUUGCAAGUCGGAUGCAGAAUUUGUAGUACAAGAUGAGUCAACAACAUUUUUGGUCCAUUUUCACAGAAGAGAGAGACUGUGACUCUUAAAUGCAAAUAUCUGCUAAAAGUAAAUUUUGUCAACUUUAGGAGUGCACUAGCAUGUAGACAGCCUCAAAGCUAAAAAUAUAUGCACAAGUCGACUUCGGCAUGCUCACUGGGGUUAUCAAUACAAUUAUAAUUUAAUUACUUAUUUUUAAACAAUUCACAAUUGUAUUUUAUCAAACUACACAAUGAUGACUCUAAGACUUUAUAGAUAUUACACUUUCAUUUUCUGUUAAUGCAUGAUCUUCUGUAAAGCUGCUUUGAAACAAUGUGUGUUGUGAAAGGCGCUAUACAAAUAAAAAUUACUUGACAUGGACUACAAGUCACAAAAUUAUUUAUUUUAUUAGGUGUUUGAAGAGCUCUGAUUUAUUAUUAUUAUUAUUAUUAUUAUUAUUAAAAAAAAAAAAUGUGAUAAUGUAUUUGAAAUAUAAUUUGAUCAAAGAACUAUAAGAACUAUAAUUUGAAAAAGCCCGCUUACUUAGAUCUACAGGUACAGUGUCUACAUCACCGAUGCCAGAUUUUAUAGCAUCAUUGUUCAUUUUAUUAAGAGAGAACACAUAACUAUACUAAUAAAAGGGUUUUCAAACUGGGUCCAGGGAUCCCUCAUGUUUGGGAGAAAAAAAGUGUAAAAAAUGUUAGCAUUAUUUGACAUUUUUACCAUUUUAGUCUAAAAUCAUGAGAUCAUCAUGCUUAUUUAAUUCUGUUGACAGCCAUAGUUUUAAACAGUAUGGAUUUAAAAAUAAUCUGCAUAUAAUUUCAUAUAUUAUGAAAAAAAAAAAAAAAACAUUCUUAUUUAUAAGAAUUAACCAUUAUAAUUCAGUUUAACUCUGUAAAGCUGCUUUGAAACUAAAAUAAAUAUUGAAAAUAAAUAUUUAUGGUGAAAAGCGCUACAAAAAUAAACUUGAAUUGAACUGAAAAUGUUUCUCUUCGGGUUUAUUCUGUACAUUACUCUAAUAGAAAAAAGAUACAGUAAACUUUCAAUUUAACAAAAAGUAAAUAUUUUCAAGAUUAUAUUUUAAUAAUAUAUUUUGGCUUAAGCAAGGGCGUAGGUUUGGUUUGAAAGUUGGUAGGGACAUAUUGCAAGGAGGAUAUUAUUCAAAAUGUUAAUAUUAAGAAUGCAAUAAAGUAUAGUGCCUAUAGGCACAAUAUUCUCUUGUAUAAAAAGUCUCAUUUUAUAUUCCUCUGCCACACCAUAUUAAAAAUUAGGCUAUUUUUUACUAGCACUAAUUUGAUCAAAAAGGUCUAUUUUAUUUCCUAUAUUUCAUUGACAAAACAUGCUUUACCUGUCUACCCCGAUGUUUUUCUCCAUUUGCAAAUUAAACACGUAUUGGCUAAAUGUAUGCUAUACAUUGUGUGCAGACAAAUUAAAUAUUAGUUACAAAUGCAAACAUCCUUGCCAUGACAUAGACUGACUUGUUUUGACAAGCUACUUGCUGCACUCUCUCACACAUGCCUCUGUCAUCAUAGAAACACACAAACACUGGCCUAAUAUUUUCUGCUCUCUGUAUCUUUAUAAACUUUACGGAUGAAUGCAUUAAAUCAUACCGCAUGUUAAUUUGCAUACCUAAAAAAAUCAAAAGCCCUUAAUCACAAAUGACUGUGAUUGGUGCAUCCUGAACAGCGCUGAGAAAAGUAACAGGUGCUAUGUGACAACACCUUUUACGCGCUGCUUCAGAAGAUGUCGGGCAAUAAUUUACAGAUGAAUAAUGAUACUGAUCAUUUUUUAUAGUCAUUAAAAUGAAAAAAAAAAAAAACAA